AGUUGGCCAGCGGCGACAUGAGCACCGGGGAGGAGAUACCGGAGAGGAGACCCCGCUUCCCUGCUUCUUUCACCGGGGAGCAGUCCGUGUGACACCACCUCGCUCAUGGAGGAAGCGACGUAGAGUCACAUAAACACACCCGGCGGCUUCCUCCAUUCACUCCGAGGUGCUAUUAUCAGAGAACUCAAUAAGUUAAACUCGGCAAAAUGCCGUCACCACAAGUCCUCCAGCCGGUCCUCAAGAUGAAGGUUGACGAGCUCUUCCUCAACUGGUUGAGUGAUCCUGCAUCCCAGUCACUACUUAAAGAUUACCUUGGCCUAAUCAAAAGCGGACGAAACAUUGAUCUGAACAGUGGAGAUGACCAGGACAAAGGGUCAUUGAGCUCCAUGGAGAACAACAACGUGGCAUCCCAAAGGAACCUGGCAGAGAAGAGGGCCGCUGCCCUUAACACUCCCUCCAGCCCUCCGCCUGCCAGUACCCUGCCCUCUGGCAGUAGCAGUAACACCAGGGUGACAGGACCCAAUGGCAGAGUACUAAGGAGGUCUGUCAGCACAAAAAAGGCCCAGGUGAGGACAGAGGAGCCCGUCACCACAGCGCUCAGUGAAAGCAUUCCAAAGUUUUACUUCCCACUAGGCCAACCCCAGUCCAACCUCAACAUCGACAGCCUCAUUUCCAAAAUUGAGAAAAUAUUUUCCCAAUUCCCAAAUGAAAGGGCCACCAUUGAGGACAUGGGGCAGGUUGCCAAGGCCUGUGAGUGCCCCGUCUACUGGAAAGUGCCAUUGUUCAACUCCGCCGGAGGCGACAGGACGGGCUUCGUGUCCGUUCACAAAUUCGUGGCUAUGUGGAGAAAAAUUCUGCAGACCUGUCACAAUGACGCUUCUAAAUUUGUGCACCUCUUGGCCAAGCCUGGCUGCAAUUACCUGGAACAAGACGACUUUAUUCCAUUCCUGCAGGAUGUGGUGAACACUCAUGCAGGCCUGGCUUUUCUGAAGGACGCACCGGACUUUCACUCACGAUACAUUACCACGGUGGUUCAGAGGAUAUUUUACAAUGUGAACCGGUCAUGGAAUGGAAAAAUAUCCGGUCAUGAGCUCAGGAAAAGUAACUUUCUUCAGAAUGUGAUGUUGCUGGAGCAGGAAGAAGACGUGAACCAGCUGACAGAGUUUUUCUCCUAUGAACAUUUCUACGUUAUCUACUGCAAAUUCUGGGAGCUGGACACAGACCACGACCUCAACAUAGACCAGAAGGACCUGGCACGACACAACGACCAAGCCAUCUCUCAUAAGAUGAUUGAUAGAAUAUUCUCAGGAACAGUAACAAGGGACAGGCGGGUGCAUAAGGAGGGCAAGCUGAGUUAUGCCGAUUUCGUCUGGUUCCUCAUCUCUGAGGAAGACAAGAAGACCGACACCAGUAUAGAGUACUGGUUCCGCUGCAUGGACCUGGAUGGGGACGGGGUGCUCAGCAUGUACGAGCUGGAGUACUUCUACGAGGAGCAGUGUCAGAAGCUGGAGACCAUGGCGAUCGAGCCCCUUCCCUUCGAGGACUGCCUCUGCCAAAUGCUCGACCUCGUCAAGCCUGAGGCCGAAGGUAAGAUCACGCUGCGGGACCUUAAGAGGUGCAAGUUGUCCCACAUCUUCUUCGACACCUUCUUCAACAUCGAGAAAUACCUGGACCACGAACAGAGGGACCCGUUCGCUGCCAUAAGGGAGGUGGAAACAGACGGACAGGAGAUAACAGACUGGGAGAAAUACGCUGCAGAGGAGUACGACAUCCUAGUGGCAGAGGAGGCAGCCAACGAUCAGUGCAACGACGUGUAUGAUAACCCGCUGAGCCCCUUAGGGCAGCACAUCUCCACUGAGCUGGGUCUGACAAAGAGACACUUCUUCGAGAUUCCCAGUCCACACUGCAACCUGGACCUGGACGAGUACGAGUAUGACGAUGACCUCGAAUGACCCUCGAUCCCGGAGCGCUUUCUCACGCCCUGCCGCAGCGACCGUAGCUUCCAGAAGUGGGUCUCAAACAGCGGCGGAUUAACAUCAGGCCCAGAGAUGUGCAGGUUAUGCUCACUCUGCUCACAAGGACACGCUUACAAAACACAGCAAAAACAGAGGACACAGUCGGAGCACUGGUGGAGGUCAGAUCUGCUGCAGGAACAGACGUGGGAUGAAGAGGAGAAGUGAAGUGGCCGGUCUUCAUCAUACUGUACCAGAUGUUUUAUUAUUCUCAGCUGUUAUUUAAAAAAAAAAAAAAAAAACACAGUUGCCAAACUGAAAAAAAAAAUUGCCAAAGGUGGAAAGAUUUGAGAGCUUUUGGUGACACGUGCCGACGCUGGUGUCGAUGUGCUGUGAACGAAAAAACACGUGAUCUCAACAAAGGAAUAAAUAAUAAUUAAUAAGUCCAGCAGCCGUUUGGCAGACCCUGAAAGGGGUUUUUAGUGAAUGUAAAAGUUAAAAAAACGAAAUGUCGCUGUAAAGGGAGCUCUUCUACCCCACAGCUCCUGAAACACCUCGUCAGUAGUGAAUGUUAACGUGUCAGUAUUUAUAUCGAGUUUUUCUAGUCCUGAUCACCACUCUAAGUGCUUUACAGUGCAGUUCUUUGCUAUUCACCCAAUCACAUUCAUACAGUGCAUCUAUGGGCAGCACUUUUCUUUCUAUGAGGGGCAAUUUGGGGUUCAGUGUUUUUCCCAAGGACAUUUCGGCAUGCGGGUUGGGAAGACUGGGAUCGAACGCCGACCUUCUGGUUAGAGGAUGAACGCUCUACCCCCUCACCUGAUACUUCCAGAUAAUUGUGAUGUCAGCCCUAACAAAGCGAGAACAGAGGCCGACAUUUCGAUAAUGACCCGGAAGUGUUUGACCGAUCCCAGCAGAACCAGCCGGUCAAUCAGAGCAGACUGGGCUUUAUUGGGAGGGGGCCUUAAAGAGAUGAGAGCUAAAACAGACAGAGGCUGAAAAGAGGAGCUGCAGCAGUGGACAGUAUGAGGAUGUGUUUUCUGAACAUUAGAGCAUGUGAACAAGUAUUAACCCAAAUUAAAAUCACGAACCUGAAUAAGAGCAGAUUAUGUCUCUGAAAAAAAACAGGAAAAGUUGCAUGUAAAGUUUUGUACCAGUAUUGUUUGGAGCGAGUGACGUUUUAUCUGACCACAUGCAUAAUGUUUUCACGUGAGCUACUUCCCCCUCUUGACACACUGGACAGUCCGGAAUCGGAUUCAGGCUUUUAAAUAAUCAUCAUCUGCAGUCACCGGCUAAUUUUACAUUCCAGUGAUCAUAACUGAAUGUUUUCUAUGAGGCUGUUAAUUCAUUCAUGGUUCGUUUGAGGUGAACGAGCCACCACCGAGCCCGCUGCGUGCACACACACACACACACACACACACACACACACACACACACACACACACACACACACACACACACACACACACACACACACACACACACACACACACGUCGUUCAGACGGCCAAACACACUGUAUGUUGUACAGCUCUGUAUUUACUAUGACUUACUGUAUGUGUGAGAUGGGGUUUUAAAUUAUUAUAGAUGAAUUUAUAAAUAACUGUAAAUAUAUAUCUGGUGCUUGCUGUGUUGUAAAUGAUUUGAACGAAUGUUAUAGACAGAUUUUCUAUGUUUUAAAGUACUGAGUUUGUACUUUGACAGAACAAAAGAAACCAAUUUUAAAAUGUUUUGUUUUUCUUUAAAUUAAUAAUAAAGCCUUGGUUAAUGGAA